AUGAUAGAAACAGAGAAGGUAAGGAGACAAGAGGCGAGGGCGACGGAGGCGAAGAAAGGACCGAGCAGGGCAGUCGAACAAGCAAGUCAGAAGAAGUCCGAGAAGAAGCGGAAGGCGAACGAUAGAGUGCGCAAAAUCUCCAUUAGGGAAACGCACAAGCUGAGAGUCGGGUCGUGGAACGUGUGCGGAAAGAGGGCGGGAAAGCCGACGUACUGCUGCUUCCUGGACGUGAAAAAGGCAUGCGACACCGUAUGGAUAAAUGGGAUGUGGAAGCAUCUGUCCAAAUACGGGAUCAAGGGGAAAAUGUGGAGAGUGCUGAAGAAGAUACUUGAGUGUACGAAAAGCGAGGUCAUGCUAGACGGAGAACUGUCUAAAUUCUUCGACAUUGAGCAGGGGGUCCCACAAGGUUGCACGCUGUCCCCAACAUUGUUCCAGGUGUUCAUCAACGAUCUGUUGGAAGUCGUAGAGGCAGUCCGGAAGGGAGUAAAAGUAGGGGACACGGAAACGUCGGUUUCAGGAAUGCUGUUUAUGGAUGAUUUUGUUGGCAUGUCAGACACCCCUGAGGAACUGCAACUGCAACUUGACACUACGACGAAGUUUACUGAUAAGUGGAGAUUGUCUGCCAACGUUAAGAAGAUGGAAAUCGCAAAAGACUGCUCGUGGAAUGCACACAUGUCCAAGGUAGCGGAAAAGGGCAAAGCACGAGCAGGGAAGCUGCACCCAAUACUCGCAAACCGGCACCUCGAUACACGCAUCAAAUUGACGGUUUUGAAGAGCGUAAUCGUACCGCCGCUAGAGUACGCCGGAGAAGUAUGGGAAGGAAAUAAGAAGGUAGUGAAAGAACUCGAGGCGGCGCAGAUGAAAGCAGCGAAAACCAUCCUAGGAUGCUCCAAGCGCACAAGUAAUGCAGCCGUGAGGGCAGAAUUGGGGAUCCAAUCCCUACGGUCGGGAAGAGACGCGAGGAAGCUGACAUGGCAGUAUCGCAUGUGCGGGAUGAGAGAGGAGAGGUUGCCGAGAAUUUUAUGGGAGGCGAAGGGGGCCAACAAAAAGAGGGGGUUCAAGGAUUACCUACAUGGACCAAUGGGUGCAGGAACAAAGCUUAAGGUCAAAUUCAGGACCGGAGACAUAAGCCUUCGAGAACGUCGACGAAGACAUAAGACGGUAGACGAGGAAGACGAAGAGGUCAAAUGUGAUUGCGGCUUCGAAUGCGAAGACCGUGUUCAUGUAGUCGCGGAAUGUCCGUUGUACAAGAAGGAGAGGGAAGUGUACGUGACUGAGCUGGGAAAAAUAGAUGGAACGUACAGGGAGAUGUUUGAGGCAUGGAAUAGAGAGGAAAGGACGGUAGCUGUAGUGGGGCAUAGGAGGUGGGUUGAAAAGGCGGGAAGGGAUAUCGCUAGGAUAGACAGACUAGGGAAGACAUUUUUGAGCCACCUUUGGCAAAGUAGAAAGGAACGAUUGGCCAUCGGUGAUCGGUCCUGUGGGAACAAUGCUCCGUCCUCUCGAGGACGCGUGGUCAAUGGUCUAACCGCUAAGACAUGCAAAACAUAA